AUGGACGUUUUUACACAAGAACUGAAUAACAAAGUACGAAAAUUUUUAGUUACAGUUGACCAGUAUUCGGAUUAUUUCGAAUUAGAUUUAUUAAAAGAUUUAACUCCAAAAACACUGAUUGAAUGUUGUAAGAUGAAUUUCAGCAGAUAUGGAAUACCUGAAAAAAUAUGUUCGGAUAACGGUACGAAUUUUGCGAGUGUCGAAUUUAGAAGAUUUUGUAACAGUUGGGAAAUACAACAUACAACAUCAUCUCCACACCAUCCAAAAGGAAACGGAAAAGCAGAAUCAGCAGUUAAAAUAGCGAAGAGAUUAAUAAAGAAAGCUAUUGAGGACAGGCGAGAUAUUUGGUAUAGUAUUUUACAUUGGAGAAAUACUCCAGACUCUACUCGAGAAAUACACGAACCGGAAUACCGUUACCCAUAA